CGCGCCGCUCCUUCGUCCGCGCGAGCCGGUGUUGCGCUGACUCAGUGCCUUAGCAACGUCCUUUCUGCAGCCGCCGACCGCCGCCCGCGACGCUCCGCUCGCAUCUCAAAGAGAAGACCAUGGCUAAAACCGCGAUCGCAUACAAAGAGAAAAUGAAGGAGCUGUCUGUCAUCUCCCUUAUCUGCUCCUGCUUCUAUCCGGAAACACGCAAAAAACUGGUGUGUGAGUUUGAAGACAUGGAGGUCAAGCCCAUAAACAAGCGGGCUUCCGGCCAGGCUUUUGAGGUGAUUCUGAAGACGCCUUCCCCGGUGUCAGAUGCGGCUCACAGUCUUGCCUCACCCCCCAAGAAGAGGGACAUAUCCCUGGAGGACAUCCAGAAGAAGCUUGAUGCAGCAGAGGACCGCAGGAGAUCUCAGGAGGCCGAGCUCCUGAGGGCGCUGCAGGAGAGGCGCGAACAUGAGAGGGACGUCCUGCUCAGGGCCUUGGAGGAGAACAGCAACUUCAGCAAGAUGGCUGAGGAGAAGCUGCAGUUCAAGAUGGAGCAGAUCAGGGAGAACCGUGAGGCCUACUUGACCUCUAUCAUGGAGCGCCAACAGGAGAAGGAGCGACACGCCCAACUUGUGCGCCGGAACAAGGAGCUGAGGGAAGAGCUCUCCGCGUGAAGCUGACAGCCAGCUCCGCCACUGCCCCCCCCCGCCCAACCCCUGCUACUGCUCAUACUGCACAGCGUACAAGCCUUGGUUCCCCUGGGGGUUAGAGGACCACGCCAACCGCAUACCCCCCACCCCACCCACAGCAUUAUCAACAUAGAGAAGUGGCACGCUCCUCUCUGAACGGCGACCUGCUUGGUAUCAAACAAACAGUAAAGAAAGUGAACAUGAGUAUUGUUUUGUAAAUACUUCUUUCUUUGUUAUAUAUAGGACAACCGUGUGCAGUUUUCUAAUUUUCUUUAUUUAUGGAUGUUAUGUAUUUCCUUAAAAUAUGCAACUGUUUCACUGUUGUAACAGGCUUCGGUGUUGUGAGCUGCCGGUUAACUGGUGUUUGCGGUGUGUGGUUCCCAAUGAUGUCUGUGUCCGUGCAGUGUGUCUGUGUGAGGAAUGCAAGCAGUCUGUGCACGGAGGCUCCAGGUAGAGGUAGACCUUUACAAGCCCCUUCCCCCUCCCAGCCCUUUACACAUACACACAAACACACACGUAACACACACCGAAAGGGAAAUGACGUGGUGCAGAUUAUGCCACCCUGCAGAAAGGCGGGGGAAGACCUGCCCACGGACACCUGGGUUGGACCCAGGGCAGAGUCAAUUCACACAUCUUAACCCUCUGGUUGUGUUCCGGUCAGUUUUGACCCAUUUACCUGUCAUAAAUAUGGUUUCUUUCACCUGGCUGCCGUAAGGCUUCGCGACAUCCUCCACACCAGGCAUCUGAACAUGUAAAAUGAAUGAUGACCUGUUUCCUUGAAUUUAAUGAGUUUUAUUGUCAUUUUGUACAUAUACGGUGUGUGCAGUCAGAUCUGGUCAUAGGAAACGAAUGAGCGACACUUUGAUAAAGAGCAAAGAGUGAUAAAUGCCAAAUUCAGGAGUUCACAGUCACACCAAUACUCACAUACACAAGCAGUAUCAUCUCAGGUAAAUGGGUCUUACAAACCAUAAAUUCCAAAAAGAAGUGUAGAACUUGUGAUAAUGACUAGGAAUGGAGUUGGUUUGAAGGUUUGACAAUGUUAAAUGACCACUUAUGUGUAAUAAUUGCUUUAUAAAUUACAAUGGGCUGCCCAAUUAUCGAGGGGAACACCGGAAAUAGAAAGCGGUGUCGAACACGAUCCGAGGGUUACAGAGCGGUUACGCCGAGGUCGCGGGUCUCUCUCCAGCCCUUUGGCCUAACAACCCCAUCCCGUUCACAUUCAGCCAGAGAUCCUGAUUCAUCGUCGCUCACUGUGCGAAAGCUUUGAUAUCUAAUGGUUCAACUGCAUGGAUAGUUGUGUAUAAAAUUCCUCAUUUGCUUCUUGAGGGCCAGGUGACUUGUGUUUGUAUCGUCCCGGGACCCUGGUUCCUGUGCCACUGUCCCUCGCUCACAUGCAGAGGGAUUUAUGUAUUAGCUCGCAGAACAUUGCUCACCACGGUCCAGAAAGGGACACUGCCAACUCCUCUGCAGAGCAAUACACCAGGUGUUCUACGGGUAAAGAGGGGCAUAGUGAACAGCAGCCUCCUCUGAAUAAAGUGCGUGCUGCAAAAAUUGUGAGCGCAUAUGGACGGUGUAGCUGAGACGUGUAAACCCCAGUGCUCCGGUGUGUUUCACAGAGCAGAGCCAGGGCCUCGCGGUGUUACAGGUGAGUCAAAGGUACGCAGCGGGAAGCGAAGCCAGCGAGGCCUGUUUCUCAGGUGACGCGGACGGGUCGUACCUGCCCUCGCUCACCAGAAGCGGAACGUCGGGAGAAUGCGUCGACUCACGUGCGGCUCGAACGCGCUGUGCUCUAUUGGACAAAUGAUGUGUCAGCCUGCAUAUUCUGCUUCCUGUUUGUGUCAUCCCCGCCCCCUCCCUCCCUCCCCGCUCACGCAUAUCAUUGUGAGCAAGCUGUGGUGAAUAAAGGUUCGGGGUUCUGUUAACGAGAGAUUGUGCUCUAGUGCUUGCUUGUGUUGUGUCUGUCUCUUGGUUCCUGCUGGAUUAGAAGCUGUUGGAGGAUGUUCAUCGUAUAGAUUUUUCAUUACCAGCAACUGUGCACUGUGUGGUCACUCAUUAAAAUGUGACAAUCUGAAAA